AUGAAGUUUUCAACCGCCAUUGUGGUGCUCAGCACUCUGACCGCGCCGAUUACUGCGCUACCACAGGCGAAAAGAGCACUGGCUGAUUAUGGAAUCCCUCAGCACUGCUACCCAGACCCUUGCGCUGGCAUCGUCUCCACAAAUGAAACCUACGUCUGUGGGGACUACCGCCUCGGGCCGGUGAAAACACCGAAGAAAUUCCCUCUCCAUAACGAGCUCAGGACCUACGAAAGAUUCGGCACCCUAUGCCCGGUGGACUUCCUGAAGAAAUGGGCCGGAUCUACCAACGCAACAGCUUCAUAUGAAUAUCCACCCCAGAAUGGCUACGUUACCAACACUGCCGGUCGUGCGAUCCUAGGCAACGCCACACUUGUUGUUGGACAAAAGCUCGACCGCUUUGGCUCGGAGUAUGGCUCAUUCCUGGCUCCUCUGGGCGCGCCAUACAUUGAGCGCUCACUUCCCCCUAGCAACCUGAACACAUUUGAUGGUGAUUAUCCUUACAAUUACCAUGUGUACCAGGUGACUAAGAGUUUUGUGGUUGGACUGGGACCUAUCGCAUCCUGGUUUGAGCAGCCUGGAAUGGGGACACAGUUUUUAUCGUAUAAGAGUGUGAAAGAGUUGCUGGCGGGUGGAUACCUGCGCAGAUUGACGCCUGAGGAAUAUGACGACAAGUCCGAGUACUCUGAUAAUUAUACUCGUGGACCUUCGGCGUCGACUUAG